CCUCCUUCUGUUUCAUUCGCCUCAGCGUCCGGAAACCACGCAUACAUUCCAAAGUUUAUUCCUUCCAGGCAUUAUUACAUACGACUGUCACGUGACCGCAGGCCAGGCUGAAAGCAAAUCGUUCCGUCGGACUCCUGCCUACCAUCGGACUGUCUUCGGUGAUUUUAUUCCUAGAAGGCACCUCGGGUUAUACUAGUGCCAGAUGCCGGACUCUGGCGCAUGGUGUUAUCCUGUAGGAAAGGAUUUGUGGCGUUGCGGCACAGUCGCUGUGCCUAGAUCCUCUUCUGCACCACGCCGACCGGAACUAUAUUUGAAGCUCUAAGCGCCGACUCAGGCUUCUUCUCCUGUCUUUCUUGCCACGUCUUCCAUUAACCAUGGCGUCCUUCGCGACUCUUCCGACAGAACUCCAAGAGCAAAUUAUCGCCGAAUUAGAUAUCAGCGACCUUUCCUCCUUCUCGCGCACUUGUGUAUGCGUUCAUAAUGCUAUUCUGCCUUUCCUAUACCGCAAUGUUUCUAUUACUUGGAGCCGUUGCAAAACAGUGUCUCCUACCGCAGGUCUGCUCCUCCGCAGUCUCCUCGAAAACAACUCCCUAGGACCGUUGAUCCAUCAACUUCAUUUACUGGCCGAGAAAGUAGCUGCAUCGCCCCCUGUCACAGAUCCUUACCCGGAUGCCGUCUUGGACAUUCGAUCAAAUAACGACCACCCGAUUCCUCAAGCGUUGCUUGAAUGCAACCUCCAGAAAGCCGGGAUACGCGAGGACGAACAUACAGAGCAGCUAUCUCUUCGCAAACACGAUGCGAUCAUUGCCCUCCUCAUUCUGAACUGCAACAAUCUCGAGUGGCUUGACGUGGACACUGGCUUGUUGGUCGACAACACCGCUUUGCCGAGGGCGAUUGAGCACACUUUCAGAGAGAUGGGUGCGAGCGACUAUAGAGCCUAUGAAAUAGAACCUAGUAAACCCGACGUCGCAGCAACAGCCACAACCAGCUGUCCUCCUCCUCGCUCUAUAUUACGGCGCGUUUUCGAAUGUCUGCGUCGUAACGGCGAGACAUCUGAACCGAACACGGUCAGAGGUCGACCCGAACCACGCAUCGAGCAACAUCAAACUAAGCCUUACGUUGAUUACACUCUCAACAAAACGCGGUUGAACGGAUACCCCAGUCUCAGACGUGUGGAUAUGACGACGACUAUAGAAGACUGGCGGCUUCCCUAUUACUGGCGCCUGCCCCCAAGAGUACUCGUCGCAUGUCUACAUUUUCCAGCCCUGGAGGAGCUUCAUGCGCAAUAUCUAGCUCCAAAUUUUACUCAUGAUUCCGCUGGAUCGCCUACUGUGGACGAAGGAUGGGACGAAGCGUCGAAGUCAGACCCAGAACUUCCACAGGCAGAGCGCUUGUUGACAAUACGACUCCUUGCAACCUCAAUCAAUGCGAAAGGGUUAACGAGGAUCCUUUCUCUUACGCCCAGUCUCACGCGUCUGGUGUACGACUAUUAUGCUCAAGGCCACGAGCGUUGCCCUGGUCGGGUGGAAUGGUUCCGCUACGGCACUCUACGUGGCUCGGACUUGCGCCACGCUUUAGAAAGCGUGCGUGGCACGUUGCAAUAUUUGACAGUCUCCCUCACCCCCGUCAAGAAUGGCAAAGAUCCACUCGAUUUAUUUCCCUACACUUGGUUAGGUGAUGGAGUAGGUUCACUGAAGGAUUUCCAUUCCUUGCGAGGGCUGGGUAUUGCGCUUCCUGUCCUAUGUGGUGACGCGCAGCGCGGAUUGCCACCGCCGCCGCUUGCGUCGAUGCUGCCGGCGAGGUUGGAGGAAUUCCAUUUGACAGGCGACGUGCAAGUAUGGGGUCUCUUCUACCAAUAUGGUGGCGGUGAAAUUUUGGAACUCAUCGAGCAGUUUGUCGCAGUUUCUCAAGAGGUAACCCCACACAUGAAGCGACUGAAACUGGAUGUGCACGCUAUGGACUAUCCAGAGUACAUAUGGGAAAAGGGCUAUAGUGAGAGAGCGAAAAAACUGUGCACGGAAACGGGACUGGUAUGCGAGAUAACAGAGUAGCAAAGCCGAUGGUUCAAGGGCCACUCUCGAAUAAAUUUGGAAGGAAAUGCUAUGAACUUUAAG